AUGCCGCCUUCUUCCUUCCACCAGCUACGACGUGCUGCGCUACAAUCGCGUGCGCGACACUUCACGAGUAGCUCCUGCCUGCGCCGCGCUUUCCAAGAAGGCGAUGUUGUGCUCCUGCGCGAGAGCAAAGAGACCCAGGAUGGUCGCCUCGUGAAACUGCAGGCGUCCAAGUCUACCGGUACACACAGAGGUGUUAUCAAGCAUCAAGAUGUUAUUGGGAAAGAGCCACGGCAAAUAGUCAAUUCUCACAAGGGCGCCACCUUCCGCGUCCACGAGCCUACAUUGGCAGAAUAUGUCAGACUAACUCCACGCCUUGUUACCCCGAUCUAUCCCUCUGAUACAAACCUCAUAGUUUCCUUGCUCGACAUACACGUCGAUACACCCUCUACUGGUCUCAACAGCGAAACACCAUUUGAGAUCCUCGAAGCUGGCACAGGUCAUGGAGCCCUAACGUUGCACCUCUCGCGCGCAAUACACGCCGCCAAUCCACCGAUCCCGAAAACGCCGUCUUAUGUAACCAGCGAAGAAGAACCAGAAGACGCAGUGUACCUCGGCGAGUCUUUAUCAGACCUACAUGAGUCAGGGCUGGAGUCGUGGAAGCAGAAUCGCCGUGCUAUUAUACACACGCUAGACAUAUCCGACAAGCAUUCCAAGCAUGCAAAGAAGAUUGUAGAAGGCUUUCGCCAUGGCAUGUAUGCUGGUAAUGUCGACUUCCACGUAGGAGACGUGUCCGAGUGGAUAGCCAAACAAAAAGCGAAACGGAAGACUGAGGAGCCGUUCUUGAGCCAUGUGUUCCUAGACCUUCCCAACGCGACUAGUCACCUUGCCAACGUCGCUCCUGCGUUGCAUGUUAAUGGAUUGCUCGCAGUCUUCAACCCAAGCAUAACUCAGAUCGCCGAGUGUGUUGAAAGCAUUCGCGAGCAAAGACUGCCAUAUCUGCUCGACCAGGUCAUUGAAUUAGGCGCAGGCACAAUUCGCGAGUGGGACGUUCGCGCCGUCAAACCGAGAGCACCCAAAAAGGAGGCUCAGACAAAACAACCCUCCGAACCUUCGAGUGACGAAAGUUUGGAUGCAGAGCUAGGCCAAGAAGCACGCGACCAUGAGCUGUCGGAAGACUUGAACAAACAAGAGGAGAAAUGGGUUAUGGUAUGCCGGCCAAAAGCUGGUCAGCAGGUUGUCGGAGGUGGCUUUUUGGGUCUAUGGAGACGCAUGGAAAAACCCGACAACAAAGAGCCAGUGGAGAAGCUUGAAAAUACAGAACUAGCGGAGUAG